AAAAACCCCCGGUCUCUUUCAUCGAUCUCUUUUUUCUUUUUUUCUGAAAAAUGCAACAUAAAUCAGCAAUUACUCUUUUACAGAGAUUCGGAACGAUCGAAAGUAAACAAAUCAUUUCAAGACCUUUUGCUACACUCCCAAAGAAAACAACUGCUGAGAAGCCAGAAUUAUCUAAUCGACAAAAGUUUAAUCAAAUUUCACCUCCCAUUAAACUUUAUGAAAAGCUUGAUAAAUUGGGCUUCGGUACCUUAUUAAAAACAAAGAAAUUCAUUGGUGUCCACAAGCAAAGAGCAAAGCGUGACCAACAGCGAUUGCAACAUACAGAAAGAGUUGGUCCUCCACCUGAGCCAAAAUAUGCUUUUCCUUUACUUUCAUUUUUUGCUGGUGCAAAAGUACCCACUUCUUUCCCACCAGAAUCUCUCGAUGAAGUUGCUUUUGUUGGACGAUCCAACGUAGGUAAAUCCAGUUUAAUUAACAGUUUGGCGGAAUCCAGUGUCGUCAGAACUUCAGAUAAGCCGGGAUUAACACAGCAGAUCAAUUUUUUUAAUGUUGGAAAGUUAUUUCAUAUGAUUGACAUGCCCGGUUAUGGUUUUGCAUUUGUCGAUGAAGCUGAAAGAGAGACUUGGAGAGAAUUGAUGGAAGAAUAUAUUACAAAAAGAGAAACACUAAAGAGAGUUUAUGUUGUAUUGGACGCAAGACAUGGCGUCAAAGUAGCAGAUACCGAGUUCUUUAGAAUGUUGAACAGCAAAAAAACAAAAUUCCAGAUCGUCUUGACCAAAUGUGAUUUACUUAAAUUACCAGAGUUGGCAAAGCGUAUCGUCACAAUAGAAGACCACCUUAAACCUCUUCGUAAUGCUGUCAAGGACGUUGUUGUCGUUAGCUCCAAGACAGAUGCUGGUAUUAACCAAUUUAGAAAGGAAAUGUUAUUUUUGACGGGUCAUUUAAAGCCCAAGGAGUUCUAUGAUGCUAUUCAAGCUGCCCAAGAUGAAAAAGAGGCUAAAAGAAAUAAGGCCAUCAGUUAUCAAAGAUAAAUAAUAAAAAAAAA